AUGGAGAGGGAUCCACUUUGCCAGCUGUGUGAGAAUGAGAAGGAUCUAAUUUGGACCUUGCGGUACGACUGUAGAGAAAACUUCCCCUGUUCACUCCCUAAACUACUAUUGUCUGUCAAGUGGAACAAACUUGAAGAUGUUGCCCAGCUUCAGGCACUGUUGCAGAUCUGGUCCAAACUACCCCCAAGAGAUGCCUUGGAACUGCUUGAUUUCAACUAUCCUGAUCAAUAUGUAAGAGAAUAUGCUGUCAACUGUCUAAAAAGUAUGAGUGACGAGGAGUUAUCCCAGUACUUGUUGCAGUUGGUACAGGUUCUUAAAUAUGAGCCUUUUCUGGACUGCGCCCUAUCCCGAUUCUUGUUGCAAAGAGCCCUGGCUAACCGUAGAAUUGGCCAGUUCCUGUUUUGGCAUCUGAGGGCUGAAGUUCACACUCCUGCUGUGUCAGUGCAGUUUGGUUUGCUGCUGGAAGCAUAUUGCCGGGGCAGUGUGGGACACAUGAAGGUGCUCUACAAACAGGUGGAAGCCCUGAACAAGCUACGGACACUUAAUGGUCUCAUCAAGCUGAAUGCUGUAAAACAGAGUAAGGUGAAGAACAAGGAAACCAUGCAUGCCUGUUUGAAGCAGAAUGCCUACAGGGAAGCUCUCACUGAUAUCCAGUCACCUCUCAAUCCCAGUGUCACCCUUUCUGAGCUUGUUGUAGAAAAGUGCAAAUACAUGGAUUCAAAGAUGAAACCUUUGUGGAUUGUCUACAAUAAUAAAGGCUUUGGAGGGGACUAUACUGGGAUCAUCUUUAAGAAUGGAGAUGAUCUGCGUCAGGACAUGUUAGCCCUCCAGUUACUACGUUUAAUGGAUAUGUUGUGGAAGGAAGCUGGUCUGGACCUCAGAAUAGUGCCUUAUGGGUGCCUGGCAACGGGAGAUCGAUGUGGUAUGAUAGAGGUAGUUUCUGCAGCUGAAACCAUUGCAGAUAUCCAGCUUGACAACAGCAAUCUUGCAGCAGCAGCUGCCUUCAACAAGGAUGCUUUACUAAACUGGAUCAAAGAGUACAAUGCCGGAGAUGACCUGGAGCGAGCAAUUGAGGAGUUCACCUUAUCCUGUGCUGGCUACUGUGUAGCUACUUAUGUUCUUGGGAUCGGGGACCGUCACAAUGACAACAUUAUGGUCAGGAAGACAGGGCAGCUGUUUCACAUUGAUUUUGGACAUAUUCUUGGGAAUUUCAAGUCCAAGUUUAAAAUUAAGAGGGAGCGUGGACCCUUCAUCCUCACCUAUGACUUCAUCCAUGUUAUUCAGCAAGGGAAGUCAGGGAAUACAGAAGAAUUUAACAGAUUCCGGCAGUGCUGUGAGGAUGCCUAUCUGAUCCUGCGCAGGAAUGGAAACUUAAUCAUCACGCUCUUUGCACUCAUGCUGACAGCUGGACUCCCGGAAUUGAGCUCUGUGAAAGAUAUUCAGUAUGUCAAGGAUUCUCUGGCUCUGGGGAAGACAGAAGAUGAAGCACUUAAACAAUUUAAACAAAAGUUUGAUGAGGCUCUGAAAGAGAGUUGGACAACCAAAGUUAACUGGAUGGCACACACUAUGCGAAAGGAUUACAAGUCCUAG